UGGAGCAGUCUGUACCAUCGGUUGCUCCGCCCAAUUCAACACAUUUCAGAUGGUUAAAACGCAUAAGAAGGCUGUCUUAAAUGAAAAUUAUGUUUGGAUAUUCUCUAGGCUACUGCUUAUAUCUUGACUUCAUUAAUAAAGAUAUUGAGGGAAUACAUGGAGUCCAGGAAGAUGGCUGCAUUGUUUUGGGACUUGGAUGGUUCUGCAACUCCUCCAAAGACUCCACCUCUACACUUCGGCUCUGAGUUCAGGAAUACCAGCUCUGUGAGUUCCUAUGGUGGUUCACCAGUGCAAGGCAGUUUAGACCGGGCUUCAUUUGAGCAAGUGGAGUUCUCAAGAUUAAAUCCCUCCAGAACUAAAGACAAACCAGAAGUAGAGUGGCAAAUGGUAAUGUCUACUCGCCCAUUAAUUGGAUGGGAAAAAAUAGCCCAAAGGGAGGGUCUGCAGGACCAGAGGAAGGGGUCUUACAACAGCCUGCCAAGAGCGCAUUUUGUUCAGCCAAAUAGAGAAUGGAGUGAUUUUUCACCUUACACUAAUGACUUCUGGUUGAAUGGUAAAGAUGCCAAGAACAUUGCUCAGUCCCCCAGGACCAGCCGAAAGCUGCACCCGCUGACACAGCCGGGCUUCUACAGUCCAAAAAUCCCACGAUCAAAACACUGCGAAGCUGCGCAGUCCACAAAAAAGUCUUUAAAAGGAUCUUCCUCUACAAACAACUUAAAGGAGUUCUGUGCUCUUACAUUGCCUAUUCCAUGCUCCAAAACAGCUGUUCUGAAAACCAGGUGAGAUGCAUAAAUCAUUUCAAACCACAGCACCUAUUUAUAAGACCAGAUUACUUUUUUGUUUG